CACGACUUCAUCCGCGCGGUGGACGACCUCCGGUCCCUGCUCUCCGACGUCGACUCCCUCAAGUCCUCCCUCUCCGACUCGAACGCCCUCCUCCUCUCCGCCGCCGCCCCCCUCCUCUCCUCCCUCGACGCCUUCCUCGCCGCCCGCGCCCUCGCGGCCAACCUCUCCUCCGCCCUCUCCGCCGCCCGCCGCUGCGCCCGCCUCCUCUCCCUCUGCGCCCGCGCCAACGCCCACCUCGCCGCCGACGACCUCUACCUCGCCCUCCGCGCCGUCGACGCCGUCGACCGCGACCUCUCCCUCGACUCCCGCGACUCCCGCGAGCCCCUCCCCCUCCCCGCCCUCCGCCGCAUGCUCGCCCGCGCCGUCCCCGCCGUCCGCGCCUACGCCCAGCGCCGCAUCUCCAAGGACUUCUCCGACUGGAUGGUCCGCAUCCGCGUCGCCAGCCGCCACCUCGGCCAGGUCGCCAUCGCCCGCGCCUCCGCCGCCCGCCAGCGCGAGGAGGACCUCCGCGCCAAGCAGCGCCAGGCCGAGGAGCAGUCCCGCGUCGGCCUCGGCCCCCUCGCCCUCGCCGCCCCCGUCUACUACUCCCUCGACGCCGACGCCGACGCCGACGACAUCGCCGCCGCCGCCGCCCAAUCCUCCGACGACGACGGCGCCGCCGCCCAGUGGUUCGACCUCACCCCGCUCUACCGCGCCUUCCACAUCCACCAGACCCUCGGCCUCGAGGAGCGCUUCAAGAAGUACUACCUGGAGAACCGGAAGCUGCAGCUCACCUCCGACUUCCAGGUCACCUCCGUCGCCCCCUUCCUCGAGUCCCACCAGCAGUUCUUCGCGCAGGUCGCCGGCUUCUUCAUCGUCGAGGACCGAAUCCUCCGCACCGGCGGCGGCCUCAUCUCCCGCCCCGGCGUCGACGCCCUCUGGGAGGCCGCCGUCGCCAAGAUGGUCUCCGUCCUCGAGGACCAGUUCUCCCGAAUGCAGACCGCCAACCACCUCCUCCUCAUCAAGGACUACGUCAGCCUCCUCGGCGUCACCCUCCGCCGCUACGGCUACGCCGUGGACCCCCUCCUCGACGUGCUCGCCAAGCACCGCGACAAGUACCACGACCUCCUCCUCGCCGACUGCCGCCGCCAGGUCUCCGAGGCCCUCGCCGCCGACGCCUUCGAGCAGAUGCUCAUGAAGAAGGAGUACGAGUACUCCAUGAACGUGCUCGCCUUCCAGCUCCAGACCUCCGACAUCAUGCCGGCCUUCCCCUACGUCGCGCCCUUCUCCUCCGCCGUCCCCAGCCUCUGCCGCAUCGUCCGCUCCUUCGUCGAGGACUCCGUCAGCUUCAUGUCCCACGGCGGCCAGCUCGACUUCUUCCCCGUCGUCAACAGGUACCUCGACCGCCUCCUCUCCGAGGCCGUCGACGCCUCCAUCCUCCGCCUCGUCGAGGGCGGGGGCCUCGGCGUCUCGCAGGCCAUGCAGGUCGCCGCCAACAUGGCGGUCAUGGAGCGCGCCUGCGACUUCUUCUUCCGCCACGCCGCCCAGCUCUCCGGCAUCCCCCUCCGCGUGGCCGAGCGCGGCCGGCGGGACUUCCCCCUCAAGAAGUCCCGCGACGCCGCGGAGGAGCUCCUCCUGCGGCUGCUCCGCUCCAAAAUCGACGAGUUCUUCCUCCUCUCGGAGACCGUCAGCUGGAUGGCCGACGACCCGCCGCCCGGCGGGAACGACUAUUCCAACGAAGUGAUCAUAUACCUCGAGACUUUUGUUUCCACCGCGCAGCGAAUUCUUCCCCUCCCCGUCCUGCGGCGAGUCCUCCAAGGAGUCCUCGCCCAUGUGUCCGACAAGAUCGUCGGGCUCUUCCUGAGUGAUUCGGUCAAGAGGUUUAAUGCUAGUGCCGUGACGGGAGUCGACGCCGAUCUCCGGCUGUUCGAGUCCUUCGCUGAGAACUUAUCCGGCUUAUUUGCCGAUUCCGAGGAAUCGAGCGCGACCGAGCUGAAAAUGGCAAUGGUCGAGGCGAGGCAGUUGGUUAACUUGCUCAUGAGCAACAACCCUGAGAGUUUCUUGAACCCUGUGAUCCGUGAGAGGAGUUACAACAAGCUGGAUUAUAAGAAGGUGGUGGCGAUAUCGGAGAAGUUUAGGGAUUCCUCGGAUAGGUUGUUCUCGACGUUUGGUACGAGAGGCGCGAAGACGAACAACACGAAAAAGAAAUCUUUGGAUGCAUUGAUAAAAAGGCUCAGGGAUGUGAGCUGAAGGUAAUGCUUUUAAUACGGUACGGGAACUUCUAUCCCUCUCUUUUCUUCUGGGUGUGGUUGAUGUAAUCUAGGGUGUGAUUGGUAUUUGUUUAUUUGUUAUCUAGCACAAUUUCUGAUUAGUAAUACUUCUCCAUUUUUAUUUUUAUCAUUUCCCAUAUGAUUUUUUUUCUUUGGA